GAGACUGAGAGAGACGGAGAGACUGAGAGAGACGGAGUGAUUUUGGAAUGAAGUGGGUUUACUGGCUUCACCUCCUCGCGUGGAGUACAGUCACCACCGGAGCAUGGAGUGCAGUCACCACCGGAGGAGACUACUAUGACUAUAUGACUGUGAGUGAUGAUGGAGAGAGUGGAUCAGGCCUCAUUCCUGGUUCCCAGGGCGAUCAGCUGGAAAUCUCCACGUUGACAAACCUCAGCAUCUUUUUAAUGGAUUUCAGCCGCCUGAAGAGGUUACCCGUGGUGGUCAUCGCCAACCAGAUAGACCGGGCGCUGGGCGGCAUGAACUGGGGCGCUGUGGAGAAGGGCACCAGGCUAAGGGCAGCCUCCACUCUGCUGCACACGGUGGCCCUGGCACUGAUGGCCUCACCUACUGCCAGUGCCGUGGCUCCGCUGUCAAUCUCCACCCACAACCUGGACGUUGAAAUCCGUUCCCACCGAGGAAAUGCCAUGGCAGACGAUCGGCUGGUCCUGAACGUGACCGGCAACGAGAUGGAGCUGUACUGGUCGGCCAUCACAACAGACAACCACACAGGCCCCACCAGGGUGGGAUUCAUCAACUACCACAACCUGGGCUCGGCCCUGGAGGGAGCGUGGGCCGGAGAGGGGGCCAGAGAGGGGGCCGGUCCGGAGCCGGCCGACUUCCGUCUGAUCUCCAGCGUGGUGACGGUGGCGGUGGGCCAGGGGUUCGGCUCAUCGCUGAGGGAGCCCCUCAACCUCACCCUCAUGCACUCCGAGGAAGUGGGCAGUGGGAUCGUGCAGUGCUUCAGCUUGCCGCUGGGUGAGGAGGGGAUGGACUGGAGCCAGCGGGGGUGUGAGGUGGUCACCGCGGGCAGGGACCGCACCACCUGCCGGUGCCAAUACCUGGCCAGCUUCGCCAUCCUGGCAUCACCAGCACCUGUACAGGACCACGUUGCUCUCCACAUUAUCACGGUGGUCGGGGUGAGUGUGUCGCUCGUGGGGCUGGCAGUGGCCGUCGCCACCUUCGCCCUGUGCCGCUCGGUGCCGCGGGAGACCCGGGCCAUGCACGCCAACCUCUGCCUCAGCCUCUUCCUGGCACAGCUCCUCUUUGUCACCGGCAUCAACAGCACGUCCUACCAGGUUGUGUGUGCGCUGAUUGCUGCCUCCCUACACUACCUCUUCCUGGCUGCCUUUGCCUGGAUGUUCCUGGAGGGGCUGCAGCUCUUCCUGGUCACCAGGGAACUGGGCAGGUUGAAGGUGCGAGGCGCGGGCACCCUGGGCAUCGGACGCCUCUACCUGCUGGGGUACGUGCCGCCGGCACUGGUGGUGGGCAUCACCGCCGCGGUAUACCACCGUGGCUACGGAUCACAACAACACUGCUGGCUGCAACUGGAGAGAGGAUUCAUCUGGAGUUUCCUGGGACCCGUCUGCUUCAUAAUCCUGGUUAACCUCUACCUCUUCACAGCCACGCUCUGGGCUCUGCGGAAACAGCUGGCCACCCUGAAUGCAGAUGUGUCCAUGAUCAAGAACAGAUGGGGUGUGGUGCUGCGGGCUGUGGCUCGGCUCUUUGUAUUGGGCAUCACCUGGGCCCUGGGCCUGUUCCAGGUGGGUGGUGGGUCGCUGGUGAUGACCUACCUGUUCACCAUCAUCAACAGCUUCCAGGGGACCUUCAUCUUCAUCAUCCUGUGUCUGCUCAGCAAGCAGGUGAGGAGUGAGUACCGCUCCUGCUUCAGUCGACAGCGCACCCCGUCCUUCUGGUUGGAGUCAAACGCCACCAGCACCAGCACCAGCCCCACCCCGGUGGAGAUGAGCGGGCUGGAGAGCAGGCCUGGGGUCUGAUGGAGGCUGGAGGGGGCGGUGGGGACAGUCGGCGGUGGUGAGGGCAGGAGGGACCGCCGCGCGCAUUGUUGCAGAGGUCGGUGGAGGCUUCGACACCAAGCGGGACGUUCGAUACUAACGCCAACAUCUCCAGCAGUGCUCAACGGACAGACUUGGCCCAGGGGUGGGGAAGGGUCUCGACCCGAAACGUCACCCAUUCCUUCUCUCCAGAGAUGCUACCUGUCCCGCUGAGUUACU